AUGGUCGACUUCUUUUGCCAACAUAGUCAAGACAGGAAAAAGUGCCCUUGUCACCCCAGUGCGGAAGUCAAUAGGGAAGAUAAAGCAGAAAAAGUAAAUGAAGAGGAGGACAGAGAUGAUGAGAAUGAAGAUAUAGAUGAUGAGGAGAUUACUAUCAAAAAGAUGCCUAAUGGCUUGCUGAAUCUGAUUAUAGGGGAGAGUAUACAAAAGGAAAUUAGGGAAGAAUGGUGGAACUCCCUAAUAGUGAAACUGCUUGGCAGAAAAAUCUCUCUUUUGGCUCUGAAAAGGAGAUUGGAAACUAUGUGGGCCAAAAUGGGAAGCAUUGAGGUAAUAGACCUGGGUGGUGAUUUCUUCCUAAUAAGGUUUUUCAAUUCAGAGGAUUUGGAUUACGCGCUUAUGGAAGGACCGUGGAAGAUUCUGGAUCACUACUUGACUGUUCAGUUUUGGAAACCAGAUUUUGAUCCAACUACAGCGUCCAUUGACAAGAUUGCUGCCUGGGUGAGGCUCCCAGGACUAGCAAUAGAAUAUUACAACAUGACUAUUCUACAAAAAAUUGGGAAUAUAGUGGGAAGAACACUGAAAGUGGAUAUUGAAUAUGAAGGGCUCCAUCUAGUUUGCUUUUCAUGCGGAAGAGUGGGCCAUGACAGGGAGAACUGCCCUGAGAAGAAAAAGAAUGCUUCAGAGUCUCAAAAUGGUAAUGGCGAAAACACAGCAAGAAAUCCAGAGAGACAUACACGUGGCAAAAAAUCCACAAAUUAUGGAGAAGGUACCAGCAAAGGUGGAAAUGUGCAAGAAAAAAGACAGAAUGUGGGUGGAAAUGGGAAACAAUCCCGUUUUGCUGUGCUGCAAAUAGAAGAAUCUUUCAAUGAUGAGAUCCUUGCUUGGAAUAUAAGAGGGAUUGCCAACCAUGCAUCGGUUAGCACCCUUAAAGAACUGGUUAGACAGAAGCAUCCUGAUUUGGUGCUCCUUUGUGAAACUAAAUGUAGUGGCGCGAGGGCUAAGGAGAUUAUCAGAAGCCUGGGUUUCAAAUACUAUUGUAUACAUGAAGCACAGGGCUACAGUGGCGGCAUCUGGGCUCUGUGGAAUUGUGACUCCCUACAGGUUUACUUGGAGAGGGGGCAGCGCAAUGGGUUAGAGAGAGUUUUUAAACGGUUGGAUAGAGCCCUGGCUAAUGCAGAUUGGAGAAGCUCUUUCUCAGAUGCUAGAGUUGAAGUACUUCCUAGAGUGAGGUCUGAUCAUCACCCUCUCUUGGUGAUUAUGAAACCGGAAAGAAUGGAUAAAGGUGAAAAGCCCUUCUGCUAUGAGGCUAUGUGGAAAUCACACCCCAAUUUUGAUGAAUUUAGAAAAAGAAGAGUCCUAAACAGAAUCAAUGGUAUCCAAAAAGCUUUGACCUACGGCAGAAAUCCCUUUCUCGAAGACCUGGAGCAGCAACUUGUUACAGAGCUUGAAGAAAUUCUGAAUCAAGAAGAAACACUCUGGCUUCAAAAAUCUAGACAGAAUUGGAUUGUUGACGGAGAUAGAAAUACAAGGUAUUACCAUACAAAAACAGCCAUAAGGAGGAAGAAAAAUAGAAUCCUUAAGCUUCGAAAAAGUGAUGGGCAGUGGUGUGACCAACAUGAGGAAGUUAUGGAGAUGGUAAUGAAUUUUUUCAAAGCCCUUUACCAAGAAGAGAAUGGCAACUGCACCUACCUUAAUACAGUUUUCACUUUUCCAGAACUCCGUAAAGAUCUUAAAGAUGUCCUUUCUAUUCCUCCUUCAUACACUCAGAUCCAAAAAGCGUUGUUUGACAUUGGGUCCUUGAAAGCCCCUGGGGAGGAUGGUUUUCCAGCCCUCUUCUAUAAGGAGAAUUGGAAUGUAAUAAAAGGUUCGUUUAUCCCUUUUAUUUUACAACUCUGGCAUAACCCUCGGAUUAUUGAAUCCAUCAAUCAAACUCUCAUCACUCUAAUUCCUAAGGUUCCUAAUCCAGAAUUUAUCUCGCAAUUUCGGCCUAUAGCACUGUGUAAUGUUGCUUACAAGGCCAUCACUAAAAUUGUGAUCUCCAAACUCAAACCCCUCCUUGCCGAUAGCAUUUCUCCAAACCAGGCUAGUUUUAUACCUGGCAGAAUGAUACAUGACAAUGUUAUUAUUGCCAAAGAGCUGUGGCACAAUAUAAGGAAAUUAAAAGGAAAAAAGAAGUUCAUGUCUAUAAAAAUUGACUUCGAAAAGGCAUAUGACCGGUUGAAGUGGAGCUUUAUCGAAAAGGUCUUGGAGGAGUUUGGAGUUCCAGACCAAUUGAAAAAUAUCAUUCUCUCUUGUGUGUCUUCUGUUUCUUACAAAAUCGUGUGGGACGGGUGUAAGACGGAGGCUUUUUUGCCUACUCGGGGAAUUAGACAAGGUGAUCCGAUGUCACCCUAUCUCUUCGUUAUGGCUAUGGAGAAACUCUCUCACUUGAUUGAAGAAAAUGUUGUGCAAAGCGACUGGAUGCCUAUGAGAGUGGGUCGGGAAGGGCCAUCAAUUUCUCACCUUCUCUUCGCAGACGACCUGUUGCUUUUUGCUGAGGCUUCCACUCAACAAAUAGAUAAUAUUGGGCGAGUCCUUGACCUUUCUUGCACUGUGUCGGGAUUAAAGAUAAAUCAAGCAAAAUCAACCAUAUCUUUUUCCAAAAAUGUGGAACAAAGCCUGAAGGAUAUUAUCACUAACAGAUGCAAGUUCAAGGAAACUGUUGAGCUGGGAAAAUACCUGGGUGCUAUGAUUACCAAUGGAAGAACGCAAAAAAGAGACUUCAAGGGUGCAGUGGAGCGGGUCAAGAAUAAACUUAGUGGGUGGAAAGUAGGAUGCUUGUCUUUCGCUGGUAGAGUUACUCUGGCUCAAUCUGUGUUAACUCCCUCUCUGAACUAUGAUAUGAUGCAUUCCAUUAUGCCUAAAGGAAUCUGUCAAGAAAUUGAAAGAUUACAACGAAGGUUCAUCUGGGCAGAGAAUGCAGGAGAAAGAAAAUUUCACAAUGUGGGGUGGCAUAUUUUAUGCAAACCCAAAAUCCUUGGAGGCUUGGGAUUCAAAUCUCUUUCCUUGAUGAAUGAAGCCUUCAUGCUCAAAGCUUUCUGGAGAUUAGUGGUGGAUAAUGACACUCUCUGGGCAAGAGUACUACUGAAUAAAUAUGAUAAAGGGAGACAAUUUCCUGGUGAGAUGAAAGUCAAAGGCUCAGAUUCUCAAUUCUGGAAAAAUCUUAAAAAGAUGAAGACGAUCUUUGACAAGAAUACAAGAUUUUCAAUUGGUAAUGGUAAAUCGACUCGUCUUUGGGAUGAUCCUUGGGUAGAAAAUGAACCUCUUCGUGAGCACCUAACCAGUAAUCAGAUCCCUGCGGAGUUAAAGAACAUGACAGUUAUUGAAGCUGUGGAACAAAACAAUGAUUGGAACUACCCCCUUCUAAAGAAUCAUCUCCCGGAUAUUAUCAUUAACAAAAUAAGAGCUAUCCAUCCUCCUCUUCAAGAAGCGGGCAGAGAUGGAAUUUGGUGGAAUGCAACUCAAAAUGGAGUUUUUUCUGUUGCGAGUGCUUAUAAACUUUUAGCAGGGCAUGGGAAACCACAAGAUCAAGUGUGGAAUGUGAUAUGGAAAUGGAGAGGACCCCAAAGAAUGCAGUGUUUCUUGUGGGUGACCACACACCAAAAACUCAUGACUGCAAAAAGAAGAUCAAAACUUUUUGGAGCACCUCCUUUCUGCCAUAGAUGCCAAGGAGUCCAAGAGACCCAAGAGCACCUGUUAAGAGACUGCCCAGCAGCAUCUAGAAUUUGGACCCAAUUCAUUCACCCAGCCUUCCUUCAAGAUUUCUUUAGAGCUCCCUUCGAAGCGUGGCUCAGAUGGAACCUUUCCACUGAGCUUGGCCGUUCAAACCAAAUAGAUUGGAUAACACAAUUUGUAGUUACCUGCUGGUGGUUAUGGCACUGGAGAAAUAAGGAGAUUUUUAUGCCAGGUUUCACCAGACCUAAUUAUCCAUGCUCCUUCAUUUGCAAUCAAACAAUUUCGAUCAAGAAUGCUCCUUACAAGUUAUAUACUGGAGAGUAUAGAGAAAAAGUAGAAAGACAGAUCUCAUGGUCAUGUCCACCUACCAACUGGAUCAAAUUGAAUUCUGAUGGUGCUUCAUGCGGAAACCCAGGGACAGCAUUAUGUGGAGGACUCUUAAGGAAUGAGAUGGGGCAUUGGGUUGCUGGAUACUAUUCGAACUUGGGAAUCUGUUCAGCUUUCCAAGCAGAGAUUUGGGGCUUAUUACACGGGCUGAAAACAGCCUGGGAGUUGGGAAUCAGGAGGCUUAUUGUGGAUCUGGAUUCAAAAGUGCUUGUGGAGGUCAUUACUAAAGAAAAUGCAGAAAACCACCCCAGUAAUUUGAUCAGAAUUAUCUCUAAGUGGCUGAAAAAGAACUGGCAAGUUAGAGUAAGCCAUACUUAUAGAGAAGGAAAUAGAACUGCUGAUUUCUUAGCUAGAGAAGGAUUAAAGUGUAACCCAGGUUUCAAUUUUGUUGAUGUGCCACCAGCACUUUUGAGACAAAUUUUGUUUGAUGAUUGUAGAAGGACUUUCUUACCCCGGUUGAUUAGUGUCUUGUAA